AUGGCCGUGGUAAGAGUCGACCAUGACUCUCUUCAGGCCGAGAAACAUUUGAUGCAUGAAACUCUCCAGGCAUACAUUUAUGGCAAGAUUCAUCCGUUGAUCAAGAACCGUGUCUGGCCCCGCAUUGUGGUUUGUGGCCAUUAUUCCCGAAACGGUCCCAAUGUACAUAUUUCACCCAAUGAGAAACGAGAAAAACGUUUCAACUGGCAUCGACCAACAGCAGUUAUCAUCGACGACUCGACCCUGGAAAUCAGGUGUUUUCCGGGGCGUGAUUACGUGCUGCAUUACGCUCUCCUCAUCGCAUAUUACCUCAACCUAAAUUCGAUCAAAGCGCCUGCAUCAGUGAUAGAAUACCGCCUACCCUCUUCGGAAGAUUGUUUGGAUCUCCUCUCGCAAUCAAAUCUGAGGUUCAUGGGCCCUGUUGAUACUGUCAUCCUGGGGUAUGUGAAUCACCUGGCCACCAAUGAUAAUUAUCCCUGGGAGACAGGGACAGAUGAGCCGAACCAAUUAUUUGCGUGGAAGCGCUCCCUUCGAGCGGACGGGAGUACUGUCGCUUUUGUGGGAAGCAUGAUGAGCCUCUGGGGUGAUAUCAUCGGAAAUGCUGUUCGCACAAUGCAAGUCCAGAACAACAUAUCGAGCGUUAUAUAUAUGGGCAAGGCUGGUUCAUUACGGACACAAGAUAUCCCGAAUCAGGUCCUCGUUACUGGUGAAACAAGUCACCUAAACAACAAAAUUCUCUCUUGGAAAAGCCCACUCACGACAACACUAUCAACACAGCAUAUCGCACACCUUUGCCAGGGGACACAUAUUACAGUCCCGAGCCCCUUGGUUGAGACUGAGCUUUGGUUGGCCAUGAACAAGCACGAUGCAGACUGGGUCGACUGUGAGGUCGGUUACCUCGCACAAGCCUGCCAGGAACACAAUACUCGAUUCGGGUAUUUACACUUCAUCUCAGAUAAUGUGGCACAAAGAUACCUGUACAAUCUUGCAACAGAGCGCCAAGAUGCUGUCAUCAGUGCACGGAAGGACAUUUGGGAUGAAAUUCGACGGAUCCUAGCUCUCCAUCUAGGUAUAGAAAGCCUAGAGGGGGGUGUGAGGGGAGCCACUUUGUAA